AACCUUUAGUGAAAUAUAUGAAAUUUCAAGGCACCCUUUCAAAUUUAUGGACAGUCCCAAGGCACCCUUUCAAAUUAUGGACAUUCCCGAGGCACCCUUUCAAAUUAUGGACACUCCCGAGGCACCCUUUCAAAUUAUGGACAGUCCUGAGGCACCCUUUCAAAUUAUCGACAGUCCUGAGGCACCCUUUCAAAUUAUGGAUAGUCCUGAGGCACCCUUUCAAAUUAUGGACAGUCCUGAGGCACCCUUUCAAAUUAUCGACAGUCCCGAGGCACCCUUUCAAAUUAUGGACAGUCCCGAGUCACCCUUUCAAAUUAUCGAGAGUCCUGAGGCACCCUUUAAAAAUAUCGACAGUCUUGAGGCACCCCAUUCUAAAAUGU